GAUGAUGACUUCGCCACCAGGGAGGAUGAGGAGGUAGCGAUUCCACGUGCCUCGUUGAACAAGUUUAUCAAGGACAUCCUACCGGAGGCUCGCCUCACCAACGAGACCCGUGAAUUGAUCCUCAGUUGUUGUCAUCGAUUCAUUCAUCACUUGUCGUCUAUGGCCAACAUUGCGUGCACUCAGGCUAACAAGAAGACAAUCAACACCGAACACAUUCUCAAUGGUCUUGACGCAAUGGGUCUCUCGAGUUACAAAGCAGAGGCCCGGGCUGCCAACGAGGGGGCAAAAGUAGAACUUAAGGACCGGCGGAUGCUCAGUGCAAGCUACAAGUUCAAACAACACGACAGCGAGCAGCUGGAACUACUCAGGGAGGAGCAACAGAAGAUUUUUGAACAGGCCCGCGCUACAUUUCUGGAGGAGCAAAUGGACAAAAGCGAUCUUCUCGCCGCUGCUGCCUCCACCGUGGCCUCUCUCACCAAAUAUUCCAACGGCGAGGGUUCUGAUGUACCUACUCAGGUUGAUGCGCAAUCACAGGGCAAUCAUACUGAAAUCCCCACUGCUCCAGCUUCGGCACUCCUCUUGGGGAUUACUGCGCUGAGUGAGGAGGACAAUUAUGACUGA